CGCUGACGGUGCCAGGCGGCACUUUCCGGCCGUAGCCGCCGAUUUAACGGCCCCGGGUCGAGCUAGAAACCCCGGGCAGCCCCCGGGGGCCAGCGUAAAUCGCAUGCUGGCCGCAGCCGUGACUCCCCGCCGGAGCGCUGUCCAUAUUUGGUCAACGAGAGUAGCCGAACUUUUCCGAGCGCGACGUCACGCUGACGUCGGGCCGCUCGGGCAGCUUUCAUUUACGGCGCGUCGCCAUGGCGACGGAGGCCCGGCUGCGGGAAUUGUCCGGGCGUGCGCCGCGCACCUGCCGUUUCUUGGACACGUGGCUCGGAGCCGCGGCUUGCGAUGCUGCACCGUCCCCGAAAUAGGCCGCUGCUAAUCGUCGAGCAUGGAAGUGAAGCUGAAGAGCGCCGCGGCACCCGACCGCAGCCCGGUGACCGUGCGCACGCAUGCGGGCGCCACGGUUGACAGCCUGCUUGGCGCGUUCUGCCACGACCUGGGCCAAGACUACGACCCGCGGCUGGCACUCUACACGCACUCCAACGAGCCGCUGCGCGGAGGAGCGUCGCUGCAGGCCAUGCGUGUGCAGCCCGGCGACACGCUGUACGUGCGCCAUCAGCGCUCGCCGCACCUGUUCCUCGCCAACUGGGGGCUGCUGGGCGUCAUCUGCGCGGUGCUCGGACUGCUCGGCCUGCUGCUCGUGUCCAUGGCCUACGGGCUGACGGGCGGCCGUGUGCCCUUCGUGCACGGCGUCGUGGUGGACGCCGGCUCCAGCCACAGCCAGGCCACGCUCUACUACUGGGAGGGCGCCAAGUACUUCGGCACGGGGCGCGUCGUGCAGGUGGACUUCCGCGAAAUCGACGGUGGCAUCAGCAGCCUCGGGCCGCGCAAGACGGGCCCCGCUCUGGAGCGAGCCGUGAACGAGGUGCGCGGAGAGCUUGAUGCACCUGUCUACCUCGGCGCCACAGCGGGCAUGCGGGUGCUCAACCUCACCAACCCGGUGGAAGCUGAUGCCAUCCUCAUGGCUGUGGAGUGUGCACUGAAGCCACUGGGCCUGCAGCGAGCUUCCAUCCUGAGCGGCCACGAUGAGGGCCUUUUUGCCUGGCUCUCUACCAACUACUUAUUCGAAGUGAUCCCUCCGAAAUCGGGAGAUCCCAUGACCAUUGGUGCCUUGGACCUCGGAGGAGCGUCUACGCAAAUAUCUUUUGCCGUUGAUGCCAAUACAUCGGGAAACGAUAUAAGCAGCCUGCAGCUAUAUGGCCGGCGCUACAACGUGUUCGCUGUAUCAUACCUGUGUUAUGGAGUGAACGAACUGCAUCGGAGGUACCUGGCCAAGAUAAUCACUGAGCAGAACUACGAAUAUGCAACACCUAUGAAAAGUCCGUGUCACAACUCUGGCUUCAGCUUCAAUAUAACAGCAGAGGAGGUGUUUGACAACUUCUGCACGAAGACUUCUGAAACUGAGCAAUGGCAGAAGGAUCAUCCCAAUGCAGUUUUCACAUUUGUGGGAGAUGGCACAAGUGCUGGAUGUCAAAAGUAUAUUCAGCAGUUGUUGGACCCUAACGAGUGCAAGAAAAACUAUACUAGCUGCAUGGAGAAACCCUCAGUUCCUGUACCUCAUCAGAUGAAGUUUCUUGGUGUUUCUGCCUACUACUAUACCCUGAAUGCUCUCAACUCGACUCACAAAUCCCUUAGCGCUUUCAAGAAUGCCUCGGACUGGAUUUGCUCGGUCCCCUGGGAUGAAGCUGUGAAGACUGGCAUACCCGAGCGAUUCCUGUCUCGCUACUGCCUGCAAGCUAUGUAUAUCCGAGAGCUGUUGCUAGACAUGUACGGCUUCUCUGAGGAGACCUGGCCCAACCUGUCAUUUGAAAAGACAGCCAAUGGCUAUGAAUUAGGCUGGUCACUGGGUUUCAUGAUCAACGCGACAAAUGCCAUUCCUGCUGCUGAGCCAUCGACGCCCAGCAUUGGCCUCAACCUCUUCGUCUUGCUCGUGGUGCUCUUCGCUCUGCUCUUGGUGCUGGCCGCAGUGUUCCUCCUGCUGGCACGCAAGCAGUCCCGGGCCCGGCGCAACCCUCCGUCCUAAACCGUCGCCAGGGGCAGCAGCAGGAGCAGCAGCAGCAAUGGGAGACUCACUGCCACACGGACGGACUGGUCACUCAGCUCUUCGUCCACUGCAAUUCAAACGAGCUUCCUGAUGCAUACUCUUUGUCACACUGCACUCAGAUGUGGUGCACAACGCUGCACCGUGCAGGUGCCGCUUGCUCAAGUGCACAACUCCUUUUCUCAAGACAUAUUGAUUCACUUGUGCCUUUACAGUAAGUGGGGCUUUUUAUACAGUUUACACAUUAUGAUGGAAUGAAUAUGUUUAUUGACUGUUGGAAAAGAGUCUCUCUAUUGUUAAGUGGUAAAACCACAUCAUACUCAAAGAAGCUAGUGGUUUUAUAUGAAAUGUUGUGAGAUUAUUAUUUUAUAUUUGUAUGUUGGUUCCCCUGGGGAAUUUUUAUUACUCACGUGUUUUGCAAGGCCGGUAGAAGGUCUUGAUUAGCUUCAGACCAGUCCUUGUCUGUCGACGAACGCUGCCAAAACUGAUCAGAUUGCCAAACUCAAUUUGGAGACGAUGUGCUUCGGGACCUGGAUGCACAAGAGCAAGUCAAGUCACCAAGCAUGCACACUAAAGAAAAUUGGAGCGAAAAGUUGCAAUGUUCUGCUAUAGCAUCUACUUAGUUACGGUCAGUUUGCAACAGCUGUGGCCUCACCAACAGACUUCAGGUGCAGAAUCAUGCAAUUUUGCUCUGGUCGGGCAAACAAUGAAAUUGUGUUAACAAUACAUAAUUAGUGGCACACUGCACGUUAGUUCAUUAUUUUGUAUGGUGGCAUUUUGUCACCCAUACCAAAAAUGGGCAGCUACCUGCUUAAUGUCUAUUUCUUGUACAAGCAUUUGUAUUCUGCAUCGUCUCUUGAUUGGUUGUAUAAAUAAAGCAUGCAAGUACAAAACGUAA